AUGGCGGCCACCACCUCUGUAGACCCCAAGCUGCAAUUUGCGCCCUUCAGCAGUGCGCUAGAGGCAGGCUUCUGGCAUGAGCUCACACAGAGAAAACUCGAUGACUACAGGCUGGAUGAGAGCCCCAAAUGUAUCAAAGGGUACUACUACAAUGGUGAUCCGGUUGGUUUGCCCACCCGUCUGACUUUGGAGUUCAGUGCAUUUGAUGUAGAUGGGUCCACUCCGGCUCAUUGCUGCGAGGCUGUAGGGAAACUGUACAACACUAACACGCUAGAUGCCUUUAAGAGCACGGACAAGAAAGCUUUGCUGGAUAAAGAGUCCAAAGAGCUUUGGGAUGCCAUACGGUCCGGGGAUGCACUCACAGACCCAAGCAUCCUUUGCAGGUUUAUUCUGCUAACCUUUGCGGAUUUGAAGAAGUACCAUUUCUACUACUGGUUCUGUUUCCCUGCACUUUGCUUCCCAGAGGGCAUAGAGAUUGUAAAAGCGCCUUCUCUGCUAGAAACUGUUUUCACAGGAAACCAAAUUGCAUCCUUGCAGGAGGCCUAUGACAGCUUGUGUAUCAAAGGCAGGACCACUGCAGUUCCCUAUUUCCUAAUGAAGUACUCAGAUGACACAGUUCAGUUGGCUCCAUUAGCAGAGUUGGGGACGUUCUUUCCUGGUGUGCAAAAGGUAACCGUGGGUGUGUAUGACCCAUGUACUCUGUCUCAACAUCCAGGAUGGCCUUUGAGGAAUCUACUCGCCCUAAUAGCUUGUCAAAGGGGGGCAAAGUUCGACACAGUGGAGGUGCUGUGCUUUAGGGAUCGAACACAACAGGGAAUCCGCACAAUUCAACAUAGUGUCAUUUUUCAGGUCAAACGACCUGAACUACUGCUUGACUCUGUGUGUCCGAAGAGUGUCGGCUGGGAAAAAAAUGCCAAGGGGGUGAUGGGACCCCGAAUGGUCAAUCUCAGUGAAUGUAUGGAUCCCAAAAGGCUUGCUGAGUCAUCAGUUGAUCUUAAUUUGAAACUAAUGCGAUGGAGACUGGUCCCUUCACUGGACCUGGACAAGGUGGUCAGCACCAAGUGUCUUUUACUUGGAGCUGGGACUUUGGGCUGCAAUGUGGCCAGGACACUAAUGGGAUGGGGAGUGAGACACAUCACCUUUGUGGACAAUGCAAAGAUCUCCUAUUCCAAUCCGGUGCGGCAGCCUCUCUAUGAAUUUGAGGAUUGUCUUGGAGGUGGAAAGGCCAAAGCCAUUGCCGCUGUUGACCGGCUCACCAAAAUCUUUCCUGGUGUGAAAGCAGAAGGCUUCAGCAUGAGUAUUCCCAUGCCAGGCCACCCGGUGAGUUUCUCCCAGGCCACUUUGGCUCAGACCCAGAAAGAUGUGGAGCAGCUGGAGAAGCUCAUCUCGGAACAUGAUGUGGUCUUCUUACUAAUGGACACAAGAGAGAGCCGCUGGCUUCCUACAGUAAUUGCGGGUUGUAAGCGGAAGCUGGUGAUCAAUGCCGCUCUUGGCUUCGACACAUUCGUAGUGAUGCGCCACGGCCUGAAGAAACCUAGACAAAAUGCUUCCGGUGAUGCACAAUCCUCAUCUUCUGGUUCAUCACCAUCUUCUUUGUCCUCCACGCCACUCUGCUCAUCAUCCUCCAUCGCAGCAUCCUCCCUGUUCUCCAAUAUUCCUGGACAUAAGCUGGGCUGCUACUUCUGCAAUGACGUUGUGGCACCAGGAGAUUCAACCAGGGAUCGGACUCUGGACCAGCAGUGUACUGUAAGUCGACCUGGCCUGGCCAUGAUUGCUGGCGCCCUGGCUGUGGAGAUGAUGGUGUCCAUUCUGCAGCACAGUGAAGGAGGCUAUGCGGUGGCCAGCAGCAGCGAUGACCGUAUGAAUGAACCUCCCACGUCACUCGGCCUCGUGCCGCAUCAGAUACGUGGCUUCCUCUCCAGGUUUGACAAUGUCCUGCCUGCCAGCCUAGCUUUCGACAAGUGCACCGCCUGUUCACCCAUUGUCCUGGACCACUAUGAGCGAGAAGGCUUCAACUUCCUAUCCAAGGUGUUUAACUCAUCACACUCUUUCCUGGAAGAUCUGACGGGUUUGACAUUGUUACACCAGGAGACCCAGGCAGCAGAGAUAUGGGACAUGAGCGACGACGAGAGCGUCUGA